GGGACGUUCGGCUUCGUUAGUCGUGCCUGUUAUUUCGCGAAUAGAAAAAAGUGAAAUAACAAUUAUUGUUUGUUAUGGUUGCGCGAUUAAUCUAGUAACGUGGUAUUUUAUUUACCCAAGAUGCCUAGCAGUGAUGAGGAGAACGGAAACCAUAGCAGUGACGAAGAUGGAGAUUUGAGUAAUAGUAGUGGCCCCGAUAACAACGAUGAUGAUUCACAGUCAUCUCAAGAAGAUGGAGGUAGAAGACCUUCAGGAUUAAAUCUUACAGGUUUCCUCUUUGGUAACAUUGACAAAGAGGGUAAGCUUGAAGCAGACAUUCUUGAUGAUGAGUCCAAACGACAACUGUCCACCCUUGGAAGAUUUGGCUUCAUGUCAAUGCUCGAAACUGUCAUCAAAGAAGGUGACUCAGGGAGCAAGGAUCAUAGUACUGAUUCUGAUGAUGAUGGAGCUAAAUCACCUACUGCAGAAGAUUAUUCUGAUAUCAAUGAGUUGGCAGAAGAUGAGGGAGGUCCUUACCUGGAUGAUUCAAUUCUCAUGCCACCACCUCCUACACCAACAUCAAAGAGCAUGUCAGCUAGUGAAGCAAAAAAAAGGCUCGAAACACCAUUGGCAGCCAUGCUUCCUUCCAAAUAUGCAAAUAUUGAUGUGAGAGAACUAUUCCCAGAUUUCAGACCUGACAAAGUCUUGUGCUUUUCCAGACUUUUUGGGCCGGGGAAACCAAGCAGUCUCCCUCAGAUUUGGAGAGGUGUUAAGAAAAAACGAAAAAAGAAAAAGCUAGAUGAAGAUCUUGAUGAAGAACAGGUUGAAAAUGUGGAAAUUGUUUUCAAAUUUGGUCCAACCCCUACCCCAGAUAAAUGUAGACCAGAUGAUGAAGAACGUUUCCUAAAACCUCUGGAAGAUCCCAAUGCUCUUAAUAACAUUAAGAAUUCUGACGAUGACAAGGGCCCUAACGUUGCUGAUUGGAGGUUUGGGCCGGCUCAGUUAUGGUACGAUAUUCUUGGAGUUCCCGAAACAGGCGAAGAGUUUGACUAUGGUUUUAAAGUAAAGCGGAAAGAUCCCAAUAGCGCGGACGAAGAUGGCCAGGAGCUACCUAGUUUUAAAUUCCCAGAUGAAGCCUUCCAUAUGAUUACACAAUUAAAUUGGGAAGACGAUGUCGUCUGGAACGGUGACGACAUUAAGCACAAAGUAAUGCAGAAACUGAAUGCGAAGGGUGGUUUGGCCUCUGGAUGGCUACCAACGGCCACAAAUCGUCUAGCUACACAGAAAGCUGCCCCUGCUGCAACUCCCGCAACUGGUAAGGCUGCAACACCCGGAGCAAAAGGGGGUGCAAAAUCAGCCAAUAAUAAACCUGGAGGAGCGGCAGCAGCAGCAGCAGCAGCUGCUGCGGCCGCCGCGGCUGCUGCAGCCGUUGAAGAAGCAGCCGACGACGUUUGGCAUUCAAUUUUCCCAGUUGAGAACGACGAAUUGGUGUUUGGCCAAUGGGAGGAUGAUAUCAUAUGGGACAGUGAAAACAUGAAAGAGAUGCCGAAACCUAAGAUUUUAACGCUUGACACGAAUGAUGAAAAUGUCAUCUUAACGAUACCCGACGAUAUCGAUCCUGCUACCAAACAGGCGUACGUGCAACAGCCUGUCAAAGUUAAAAUUCCCCAUCCUCAUGUUCGAAAAUCAAAAUUACUGCUAGGAAAAGCUGGUGUCAUUAAUGUAUUGGAAGAUGAUUCGCCACCCCCUCCUUCUGAGAAUAAUGAUAAAGAUCCUUACAACAUCUCAAAUGAUGAAUUUUAUGCAGCCAAGGCAACUGAGGCAGCUAUUAAAGUCAGUACCGGUGGAAAUAUCAUUCAACAUUCGACUCCCGUGGUGGAACUUCAAGCUCCUUUUAUUCCUACCCACUUGUCUAUAAUGAAACUGAGAAGUUUUCAUCGCCCGCCUCUUAAGCGCUAUUCCCACGGACCAUUGGCAACUCCUGGCCCUCAUCCUGUCCAUCCGCUUUUGCGACACAUAAGAAAAAUGGCGAAACAGCGAGAACUCGAGCGAAUGGCUGCUGGUGGUGGUGACAUAUUUUUCAUGCGGACACCCGAGGACCUCAGUGGUAAAGACGGUGAUCUCAUUCUCCUCGAAUACUGUGAGGAACAUCCACCUUUGAUCAGUCAAGUGGGCAUGUCGUCCAGGCUAAAAAACUACUACAAACGAAAAGCGGUCAAAGACACUGGACCUCCACAAUACAAAUACGGUGAAACAGCGUAUGCGCAUACCUCACCGUUUUUGGGUACACUCCACCCGGGCCAGUCCAUUCAAGCCAUUGAGAACAAUAUGUAUCGUGCACCAAUAUACGAGCAUCAGCUGGCUCCAACAGAUUUUCUUGUUAUCCGAACGAGGACAACUUAUCACAUCCGCGAAGUCGAUGCAUUCUACACUGUUGGCCAGGAAUGCCCUCUAUACGAAGUGCCUGGUCCUAACUCUAAACGGGCCAACAAUUUCACUCGUGAUUUCCUCCAGGUAUUUAUUUAUCGACUCUUUUGGAAAAGUCCUGACACUCCACGUCGUAUUCGAAUGGACGACAUUAAAAGGGCUUUUCCAGCCCAUUCUGAAAGCAGCAUUCGUAAACGACUGAAACUAUGUGCAGACUUCAAACGUACUGGAGUUGAUUCUAAUUGGUGGGUACUGCGACCGGAUUUCCGGUUACCUUCUGAAGAAGAGUUGCGAGCGUUGGUAUCGCCUGAGCAAUGUUGCGCCUAUUUCAGUAUGAUCGCAGCCGAACAGCGUUUGAAAGACGCUGGUUACGGUGAGAAAUUCCUUUUUGCUCCGGAGCAGGACGACGACGAAGAUCAACAACUCAAAAUGGACGACGAAGUUAAAGUUGCGCCGUGGAACACGACCCGCGCCUACGUCCAGGCCAUGAAAAACAAGUGUUUGCUGCAAUUGACGGGUCCAGCAGAUCCAACCGGCUGUGGUGAAGGUUUCUCCUACGUCCGAGUACCCAACAAACCGACGAUUAACAAGGAAGAGUUGGAAUCUCAACCCAAACGUAUCGUAACGGGUACCGACGCCGAUUUGCGUCGUUUGUCGCUUAACAACGCCAAAGCAAUCUUGCGUAAGCACGGAGUGCCCGAAGAAGAAAUCAAGAAACUUUCUCGUUGGGAAGUUAUCGACGUCGUUCGAACCCUAUCCACGGAAAAGGCCAAAGCCGGUGAAGAAGGAAUGGACAAGUUUUCACGUGGUAAUCGAUUCUCCAUCGCCGAACAUCAGGAACGCUACAAGGAAGAAUGUCAACGCAUCUUUGACCUACAAAACCGCGUCUUGGCCUCUAACGAGGUCUUGUCGACUGACGAAGGUGAAAGCGAGGAGGAAGAAGACAUUUCUGAUAUCGAGGAAAUGGGUAAAAACAUUGAAAACAUGCUGGCCAACAAGAAGACGUCCAGUCAGUUGAGUCGUGAACGUGAAGAGCAAGAACGUCGUGAAUUGCAAAAGAUGAUUUUGGGCGAAGGUUCGCAAUCGAUGAAGAAAGACAAGAGCCGUGUUGGUCUGGAUGAGGAAGACAGUUCGUCCCAGCCGCCGUUAGCUGGUGCGGGCCAGGCCGGUCGAGUUCUCAAGGUCUACCGAACGUUCAAGAAUGCCGAGGGCAAAGAAUACACCCGAGUGGAAUUGGUCCGUAAACCGGCCAUCAUCGACACUUAUGUUCGAAUUCGUACGACCAAAGAUGACGCCUUUAUCAAGCAAUUUGCCACACCCGACGAGCACCAAAAGGAAGAGAUGAAACGUGAGAAACGGCGUAUCCAAGAGCAACUGAGACGUCUGAAACGUAAUCAAGAAAAGGAGAAGUUGGGUAUCGUCAAUAACCGUCGUCGUAAAGUCAAGAUGAAGCCCGAUCUCAAGAUGAAGUGCGGUGCCUGCGGCCAGGUGGGUCACAUGAGGACCAACAAGGCCUGCCCACUCUAUCAGAAUGCUACGCCUCUACCACCAAUGGUCGUCGCUUUGACUGAGGAACAAGAGGAGGAAAUUGAGAAGCAAAUCUUUAGCGAAGAUGAAGAGCUGGUCAACGUUGAUGGCACCAAAGUCAAACUAUCGGGCAAACUGAUAAAACAUGCUGAAGAGAUAAAACGACGUUCCCUGGUGCUCAAAGUACCCAAGGAAGCCAUGUCUGGUCGAAAGAGGAGACGUGCUGGAACAGUGACACAUUGCGAUUACCUGAGCCGACACACAGGCAAAACAGCCAACCGAAGACGAACCGAUCCGGUGGUGACAAUGUCCACCAUGCUGGAAGAAAUUCUCAACGAAAUGCGGGAACUACCCGACGUUCAGCCCUUCUUGUUCCCGGUGAGCAGCAAAACGGUACCCGACUAUUACAGGAUAGUAACUCGACCGAUGGACCUUCAAACGAUUCGGGAAGCCUUACGCCAAAAGCGUUACCAGAGUCGCGAAGACUUCUUGUCUGACGUCAAUCUCAUUUUUGAGAAUUCGACCUUGUACAAUGGCGAGAAGAGUAUCUUGACAACAGCAGCCAAGCGAAUGUUGGACCUUUGCAUCGAACGCCUCUCCCAAAAGGAGGAGAGGUUCAUGAGACUCGAAAAGGCUAUUAAUCCAUUACUGGAUGAUGACGAUCAGGUGGCCUUUUCUUACGUAUUGGACAACAUUAUCAACGGCAAGUUAAAGCCUCUACCAGAGGCUUGGCCUUUCCUCAAACCUGUCAACAAAAAGUUUGUCAAGGAUUACUACAGCAUCGUCAAAAACCCCAUGGAUUUGGAAACGGUGGCCAAGAAAGUCAAGGCGCACAAAUACCACAAUCGCCAAGAGUUCUUGUACGAUGUCGACCUUAUCUUGGAGAAUAGUAUUGCCUAUAAUGGAGAGGAAUCUCAAUUUACCGAGAAAGCCAGAGCUCUUGGACGCAUUUGUCGUGAAACUCUCGAAGAGUACGACGAACAUUUAACUCAGCUUGAGAGUAACAUCCGCAUUGCCCAGAAAAAAGCCAUGGAACAAGCUGAAAAUGAUUUCCUCGAUGUGGGAGAAGAAGGUUACGAAGAUGAGUACAUAAUGGAUUCCAUGGACAUGGUUGAUCUACCUGAUCGUCCAGGCGAAGACGAAUGGGAUCCAGAUGUUGAAACACCCGUGCGUGCUCCUAAAAAGAGCCGAAAAUCUUCAUCUAUUAAUUUUGCCCAACCUGGGCCUUCUACUGCUGUCAAACCCAAGGGCAAACGCGGACGUCCAGCAAAGAAUAAAGGGUCACCGAGUGGAAAGAACAAUUCUCCGCGAGUCAGUCUCUCUUCACCCCGUGGAUCCAAACGGAAAGCGAGUGACGUUUUGGAUGAUCUUCAGUAUUCUGCUAGUGAGAAAGAAGAGGAAGAAGACGAGGAAGAUGACGAUGAAGAGUUGGAAGAAGUGGCUAUGGACGUAGAUGUCGAUGCCAAUUACGAUCCAGAAGCGGAAUUCUUUUCCUGUGGUCCUAGUAAAGACGAGGAUAUCCGUGAUGACUUGCAAGUCAGCGAGUCAGAGGAAGAAGGUGAAAUUCGCGACGAUCAACCUGCCGUCAAUAAUAAAGGACGGAGUCGGCACCAUUCGAACCGACCUUCGUCUUCCCGUGAUGAGGAUGAUGAUGGAGGUUUGUGGUUUUAAUCAUAUAUGCCUCUAUCAUUCGCCUCUUUUAUUAUUAUUAUUAUUAUUGUGUUUAAAGAAAAAAUAUGUUCUUAA